AGAGUUUGGCACAUAUACAUGCACACACAAAACCGCGCACGUAACUCCGUGGUUCAACUGAAAGUCUGAAUUAUCUCUGAUUGUUGCAUCGUUUUGCCGGAUAAAUCUCGAAAACUGGGAGCCAGAAAUCAUGCCUUAUUAUGGUGGUUACGACGGCGAGUCGCCAGGAAACGAAUGGGUGAAAACUGCUUCGGGUUGGAAGAAACUGAUCGCCUUGCGGGAAAAUUUGCACAGACACAUCAAGCGGAUCGCCCGCGAAAGAUUCCAGAAUUCCUGCAAGGAGUGGCCGUCGGGCGAGGGGACAAGCUCAGGGACCGGUUCCCAUCAUCAGGAACCAGCUAGGGAUGAUGUCACAAUCUUGGCACUGAGCCAAGACUGUGAUGCAGUCGUUAAACAAGCGGAGGAGGAGAUCAGCCAAGAGCUGAGGCAGAAAUAUGAAGAGUUUGAUAAGCCACAAGCAUCCUUUGCGAUGAUUUCCCGAUCCGUUGGGGGCAGAGGCAACUACUUCACCCUCGGUGAGAUCAUCAGCAAGUUGGACUUUGCCAGCGGCGUGGAAGAUCGGAGACGAUUCAAUUACGUCUGCAGGAUUCUGGAACUGAUCGUUACCACAAGAUUCACCUCCCUGAGCGGUCUCGCUCAGAAGAACCUCUUCUAUGUCAUUGAGGAGACACUGCAUGUCGUCAUGAAGAACCAGCACAACACUGGCCAGCUGAGACGCAUCCUUUGCGGGGCCAUCGUUGCCAUGAACAAAAGUCGCUCCAGUCAUAUCGGUUGCCCGGCAACCUGGAAUAACCGAAUGGGCUUGCUGCAAUGCUGGCUGGAAAAACUCAACAGCAUCAAAAUCACGGAAAGAGAAGAGGAUGGAGAGAUGAUGUUGUUGGAUCUCCCGGAUGAGGUACUUGGUCGCAUCUUGCAUCAUCUCAACGAUGCCAGGGACAUCAUUAACGUCGACAAGAGCUGUUAUCAUCUGCACCUGCUGGCUACUCAUAACCUGCUCUGGAGAAACCUCUGCCUGUCUCACUUCACAGAGUAUCAGAUCACCAAACUGUGCCCUGUGGAUGACUAUGAGACAGACUGGAAAGGAGUCUACAGGAAACUGUACAAGAGGCAUCCUGCCAAGGAGGUGUACGCUGACGUGCUGCAGAUAUGCGGAUUCUGUAACUGUCUCUUCUGGAUGAAUGGUGGACACCCAUGCACUAAGGAGCUUCUGCCCCCGGACGACACCAGCCUACAGGACAGACCGGAGCUGACUGUCAACAUCAACCUCAGCCCACAGCAGUUCCUAGACCUCUUCCCAUCUCCUCACUUGAUUAAAUAAGGAACUGAAGAGGGAGCAAAGAUUACUUACAUUUGUGUUCUUGCACUAUCCAAGUUAUCUUUCAUAUUUAAUUUCAUAGCUUAUUUGUAAAGGUUCAGUAUAUAAUAUGGUACCUCAGAUGAAUUAACUUAUUCAAUCAUGCUGAAUGCAUCACAAGUAAAGACUAGUUGAUUGGGUCUUUAUCAGUUCCUGUUUAUUAGAGAUUCUUAACAUCCAUCAAAAUUUGGGGUAAUUCUCUAUAAUUAGAUGUUCAUUUAACAGUGUAAUUUUUUUUGUAAACCUCCGUGUCUCUCUUUGUUAUGUACAAAAAGUGCUUUGUUUAUUCGAAAAGAGUAUUUAUUUUUCAAAAGAAAUUUUGUUUAUUGACUUGCAAUGAACAGUUUAAAGACGUUUCUGAUUAGGAUGCAGCAGGCUUAAAUUAAAAAUAUUGUUCUUGUAGGGGCAUGUUAGUAGCAUUUAUGAACGGAGUAUUUCACUCAUAAAAAAAUUAUGAAAUCUUGUGUGUUUUCAAACACAUUUUAUUUGGAUUGUUUCAAUUAACUUGUGAAUUCAGAAGUAGAAAGCAAUUUUCGUGCUGGUGUUUUGUAGAUAACUAAAUGUGUGUGAUAUUUUAAAUGUACAUAGCUUAAACUCAAGGAUGCAUGAGUUCAACAUAUUUUUAUGCGACUUCAGAGGAGACUAUCAAAAGGAAAAUGUAUCUGUAUGAAUUGAGACGAUAUUGUAAACAUUUAUGAUGUGAAUU